AUGUUCCUACGUUACAAGAUUGUGCAUAUCCUUCUAUUUGGGUUCCUAAUUGACUUGACUCACUCGGCGGCAGUUCCACAAUUGAAACUGGCCCAGCAACAAGUCGAUUUAAAAGAUGAUUUGAGAGGAGAUAGUAAAAUAAUAGUACAAUUAGCACAGAGAGACAAAAUCCCAUUUUUACGCACAGUUAAAGAGCUGCAGGGGUUGAAUUGGAUGCACGGUCUAGCUUCACGUGGUGUUCAAAUCCCCGAUCCAAAUGAUAAAAUAAUUAUGUUCAUCGAAGAUAUAAAUCAAACUCAUGAAGGAAUCUAA